GUUAGUUUCCGGCAAUGAUCGAGAGUUUCUAACGUGCCCCUUGUCUCUCAGCGGUCGUCCUCACAACCGCCGCCCCCCUUUUCGGCUCUCUCUCCCCCUUCCCCCGCCCGCCUCAGCCUGGCCCAGCUGGCGCCCCUAGCGCUCCGGGCUGGGCAAGAUGGCGGCCUUCGGGAUCUUGAGCUACGAACACCGGCCCUUGAAGCGGCCGCGACUGGGGCCUCCCGAUGUGUACCCUCAAGAUCCCAAACAGAAGGAGGAUGAACUGACGGCCUUGAAUGUAAAACAAGGUUUCAAUAAUCAGCCUGCUGUCUCUGGGGAUGAACAUGGCAGUGCCAAGAACGUCAAUUUCAAUCCUGCCAAGAUCAGUUCCAACUUCAGCAGCAUUAUUGCAGAGAAGUUACGUUGUAACACCCUCCCUGACACUGGUCGCAGGAAACCCCAAGUGAACCAGAAGGACAACUUCUGGCUGGUGACUGCACGAUCCCAGAGUGCCAUUAACACCUGGUUCACUGACCUGGCUGGCACCAAGCCACUCACACAACUAGCCAAAAAGGUUCCCAUUUUCAGUAAGAAGGAAGAAGUGUUUGGAUACUUAGCCAAAUAUACAGUGCCUGUGAUGCGGGCUGCCUGGCUCAUUAAGAUGACCUGUGCCUACUAUGCAGCAAUUUCUGAGACCAAGGUCAAGAAGAGACAUGUCAUUGACCCAUUCACAGAAUGGACUCAGAUCAUUACCAAGUACUUAUGGGAGCAGCUACAAAAGAUGGCUGAGUACUACCAGCCAGGGCCUGCAGGAAGUGGGGGCUGUGGUUCUACGAUAGGGCCCUUGCCCCAUGAUGUUGAGGUGGCAAUCCGGCAGUGGGAGUACAAUGAGAAGCUGGCCAUGUUCAUGUUUCAGGAUGGAAUGCUGGACAGACAUGAGUUCCUGACCUGGGUGCUUGAGUGUUUUGAGAAAAUCCGCCCUGGAGAGGAUGAAUUGCUUAAACUGCUUCUGCCCCUACUGCUUCGAUACUCUGGGGAAUUCAUUCAAUCUGCAUACCUCUCCCGCCGUCUUGCCUACUUCUGUACCCGGAGACUGGCCCUGCAACUGGAUGGUGUGAGCAGCCACUCGUCUCAUGUUAUGUCUGCUCAGUCAACCAGCACACUGCCCACCACCCCUGCUCCUCAGCCCCCAACUAGCAGCACACCCUCAACUCCCUUUAGUGACCUGCUUAUGUGCCCUCAGCACCGGCCGCUGGUUUUUGGCCUCAGCUGUAUCCUACAGACCAUCCUCCUGUGUUGUCCUAGUGCCCUGGUUUGGCACUACUCGCUGACUGAUAGCCGAAUUAAGACUGGCUCACCACUUGACCACCUGCCUAUUGCCCCCUCCAACCUGCCCAUGCCAGAGGGCAACAGUGCCUUCACUCAGCAGGUCCGUGCAAAGUUGCGGGAAAUUGAGCAGCAGAUCAAGGAACGGGGACAGGCAGUUGAGGUUCGCUGGUCUUUUGAUAAGUGCCAGGAAGCUACUGCAGGCUUCACCAUUGGACGGGUGCUCCAUACUUUGGAAGUUCUGGACAGCCAUAGUUUCGAGCGCUCUGACUUCAGCAACUCUCUUGACUCCCUUUGUAACCGAAUCUUUGGAUUGGGGCCUAGCAAGGAUGGGCAUGAGAUCUCCUCAGAUGAUGAUGCUGUGGUAUCAUUACUAUGUGAAUGGGCUGUCAGCUGCAAGCGUUCUGGUCGGCAUCGUGCUAUGGUGGUAGCCAAGCUCCUGGAGAAGAGACAGGCAGAGAUUGAGGCUGAGCGUUGUGGAGAAUCAGAAGCAGCAGAUGAGAAGGGUUCCAUUGCCUCUGGCUCCCUUUCUGCUCCUAGUGCUCCCAUUUUCCAGGAUGUCCUCCUGCAGUUUCUGGAUACACAGGCUCCCAUGCUGACGGACCCCCGAAGUGAGAGUGAGCGGGUGGAAUUCUUUAACUUGGUACUGCUCUUCUGUGAGCUGAUUCGACAUGAUGUCUUCUCCCACAACAUGUAUACUUGCACUCUCAUCUCCCGAGGGGACCUGGCCUUUGGAGCCCCUGGUCCCCGGCCUCCCUCUCCCUUUGAUGAUCCUGCAGAUGACCCAGAGCGCAAGGAGGCUGAAGGCAGCAGCAGUAGCAAGCUGGAGGAUCCCGGGCUCUCAGAAUCUAUGGACAUUGACCCUAGUUCCAGUGUGCUCUUUGAGGACAUGGAGAAGCCUGAUUUCUCAUUAUUUUCCCCUACUAUGCCCUGUGAGGGGAAGGGCAGUCCAUCCCCUGAGAAACCAGAUGUUGAGAAGGAGAUAAAGCCUGCAGCCAAGGAGAAGAUCGAAGGGACCCUUGGGGUUCUUUAUGACCAGCCACGACACGUGCAGUACGCCACGCACUUUCCCAUUCCUCAGGAGGAGUCAUGCAGCCAUGAGUGCAACCAGCGGUUGGUCGUACUGUUUGGGGUGGGAAAGCAGCGAGAUGAUGCCCGUCAUGCCAUCAAGAAAAUUACCAAGGAUAUCCUGAAGGUUCUGAACCGCAAGGGGACAGCAGAAACUGACCAGCUUGCUCCUAUUGUGCCUCUGAAUCCUGGAGACCUGACAUUCUUAGGUGGGGAGGAUGGGCAGAAGCGGCGGCGCAACCGGCCUGAAGCCUUCCCCACUGCCGAAGAUAUCUUUGCUAAGUUCCAGCACCUUUCACAUUAUGACCAACACCAGGUCACGGCUCAGGUCUCCCGGAAUGUUCUGGAGCAGAUCACGAGCUUUGCCCUUGGCAUGUCAUACCACUUGCCUCUGGUGCAGCAUGUGCAGUUCAUCUUCGACCUCAUGGAAUAUUCACUCAGCAUCAGUGGCCUCAUCGACUUUGCCAUUCAGCUCCUGAAUGAACUGAGUGUAGUUGAGGCUGAGCUGCUUCUCAAAUCUUCGGAUCUGGUGGGCAGCUACACUACCAGCCUGUGCCUGUGCAUUGUGGCUGUCCUGCGGCACUAUCAUGCCUGCCUCAUCCUCAACCAGGACCAGAUGGCACAGGUCUUUGAGGGGCUGUGUGGCGUAGUGAAGCAUGGGAUGAACCGGUCAGAUGGCUCCUCUGCAGAACGCUGUAUCCUUGCUUAUCUCUAUGAUCUGUAUACCUCCUGUAGCCAUUUAAAGAGCAAAUUUGGGGAGCUCUUCAGCGACUUUUGCUCAAAGGUGAAGAACACCAUCUACUGCAACGUGGAGCCAUCGGAAUCAAAUAUGCGCUGGGCACCUGAAUUCAUGAUUGACACUCUGGAGAACCCUGCAGCUCACACCUUCACCUACACAGGGCUAGGCAAGAGUCUUAGUGAGAACCCUGCUAACCGCUACAGCUUUGUCUGCAAUGCCCUUAUGCACGUCUGUGUGGGGCACCAUGAUCCCGAUAGGGUGAAUGACAUCGCAAUCCUGUGUGCAGAGCUGACCGGCUAUUGCAAGUCACUGAGUGCAGAAUGGCUAGGAGUACUUAAGGCCUUGUGCUGUUCCUCUAACAAUGGCACUUGUGGUUUCAAUGACCUCCUCUGCAAUGUAGAUGUCAGUGACCUGUCUUUUCAUGACUCCCUGGCUACUUUUGUUGCCAUCCUCAUCGCUCGGCAGUGUUUGCUUCUAGAAGAUUUGAUUCGCUGUGCUGCUAUCCCUUCACUCCUUAAUGCUGCUUGUAGUGAACAGGACUCUGAGCCGGGAGCCCGGCUUACCUGUCGCAUCCUCCUCCACCUUUUCAAGACACCACAGCUCAAUCCUUGCCAGUCUGAUGGAAACAAGCCUACAGUAGGAAUCCGCUCCUCCUGUGACCGCCACCUGCUGGCUGCCUCCCAGAACCGCAUCGUGGAUGGAGCUGUGUUUGCUGUUCUCAAGGCUGUGUUUGUCCUUGGGGAUGCAGAACUAAAGGGUUCAGGCUUCACUGUGACAGGAGGAACAGAAGAACUUCCAGAGGAGGAGGGAGGAGGUAGCAGUGGUGGUCGGAGGCAGGGUGGCCGCAACAUCUCUGUGGAGACAGCCAGUCUGGAUGUCUAUGCCAAGUACGUGCUGCGCAGCAUCUGCCAACAGGAAUGGGUAGGAGAACGUUGUCUUAAGUCGCUGUGUGAGGACAGCAAUGACCUACAAGACCCAGUGUUGAGUAGAGCCCAGGCCCAGCGCCUCAUGCAGCUCAUCUGCUACCCACAUCGACUCCUGGACAACGAAGAUGGGGAAAACCCCCAGCGGCAACGCAUUAAGCGUAUUCUCCAGAACUUGGACCAGUGGACCAUGCGCCAGUCUUCCUUGGAGCUGCAGCUCAUGAUCAAGCAGACCCCUAACAAUGAAAUGAACUCCCUCUUGGAGAACAUUGCCAAGGCCACAAUCGAAGUUUUCCAACAGUCAGCAGAGACAGGGUCAUCUUCUGGAAGCACUGCAAGCAACAUGCCCAGCAGCAGCAAGACCAAGCCUGUGCUCAGCUCUCUAGAGCGCUCUGGUGUCUGGCUGGUGGCACCCCUCAUUGCUAAACUGCCCACUUCAGUCCAGGGGCAUGUAUUAAAGGCUGCUGGGGAGGAAUUAGAGAAGGGUCAGCAUCUGGGUUCCUCUUCCCGCAAAGAACGUGAUCGACAAAAGCAGAAGAGCAUGUCCCUGUUGAGCCAGCAGCCCUUCUUAUCCCUGGUGCUGACAUGUCUGAAAGGGCAGGAUGAGCAACGUGAGGGACUCCUUACCUCCCUCUACAGCCAGGUGCACCAGAUCGUGAAUAAUUGGCGAGAUGACCAGUACUUAGAUGAUUGUAAACCAAAGCAGCUAAUGCAUGAGGCCCUCAAACUGCGGCUCAACCUGGUGGGUGGCAUGUUUGAUACGGUGCAGCGCAGCACCCAGCAGACCACAGAGUGGGCCGUGCUCCUCCUGGAGAUCAUCAUCAGUGGCACUGUCGACAUGCAGUCCAACAAUGAGCUCUUCACUACUGUGUUGGACAUGCUGAGCGUGCUCAUCAAUGGGACAUUGGCUGCAGACAUGUCUAGCAUCUCACAAGGCAGCAUGGAGGAAAACAAACGUGCAUACAUGAACCUGGUGAAGAAGCUGCAGAAAGAGUUGGGGGAGCGCCAGUCAGACAGUCUGGAAAAGGUUCGCCAGCUGCUGCCACUACCCAAGCAGACCCGAGACGUCAUCACAUGUGAGCCACAGGGCUCCCUUAUCGACACCAAGGGCAACAAGAUUGCCGGCUUUGAUUCCAUCUUCAAGAAGGAGGGUCUACAGGUUUCCACCAAACAAAGGAUCUCUCCCUGGGAUCUUUUUGAGGGGUUGAAGCCAUCAGCACCGCUGUCCUGGGGCUGGUUUGGAACCGUCCGGGUUGAUCGGCGGGUGGCGCGAGGCGAGGAGCAGCAGCGGCUACUGCUCUACCACACACACCUGCGGCCCCGGCCCCGUGCCUACUACCUGGAGCCACUGCCGCUGCCACCAGAAGAUGAGGAGCCCCCUGCUCCUACCCUGCUAGAGCCUGAGAAAAAGGCUCCGGAGCCCCCCAAAACAGACAAACCUGGGGCUGCUCCACCCAGUACUGAGGAACGCAAGAAAAAGUCCACUAAGGGCAAGAAACGCAGCCAGCCAGCUACCAAGACAGAGGCUAGUGCCUCCCCCAUUACAGUUCUCCCACAGCUUCUUCAUGACUCUUUCCAGGACUAUGGAAUGGGCCCGGGUCGGAGUGGUCCCUAUGGUGUGACAGUGCCUCCGGAUCUCCUGCACCAUGCAAACCCUGGUCCCAUAUCCCACCUUAGCUACAGGCAGGGCUCCAUAGGCCUGUACACCCAGAACCAGCCACUGCCUGCAGGUGGCCCUCGUGUGGACCCAUACCGCCCUGUGCGGUUACCAAUGCAGAAGCUGCCAGCUCGACCAACUUACCCCGGAGUGCUGCCCACAACCAUGACUGGCGUCAUGGGCCUAGAGCCUUCCUCUUAUAAGACCUCUGUGUACCGACAGCAGCAACCUGUGGCACCCCAAGGGCAACGCCUUCGCCAACAGCUCCAGGCAAAGAUACAGGGUCAGGGGAUAUUGGGACAGUCAUCUGUCCAUCAGAUGACUCCCAGCUCUUCCUACGGUUUGCAGACCUCCCAGGGCUAUACUCCUUAUGUUUCUCAUGUGGGAUUGCAGCAACACACAGGCCCUGCAGGUACCAUGGUGCCCCCCAGCUACUCCAGCCAGCCUUAUCAGAGCACCCACCCUUCUACCAAUCCUACUCUUGUAGAUCCUACCCGCCAUCUGCAACAGCGGCCCAGUGGCUAUGUGCACCAGCAGGCCCCAACCUACGGACAUGGACUGACCUCCACUCAAAGGUUUUCACACCAGACACUGCAACAGACAUCCAUGAUAAGCACCAUGACUCCACUGAGUGCCCAGGGUGUCCAGGCAGGCGUCCGUUCAACUUCCAUCCUGCCCGAGCAGCAGCAGCAGCAACAGCAGCAGCAGCAGCAGCAGCAGCAGCAGCAGCAGCAACAGCAGCAGCAACAGCAGCAGCAGCAACAGCAGCAGCAGUACCACAUCCGGCAGCAGCAGCAGCAGCAGAUCCUACGGCAGCAGCAGCAGCAGCAACAGCAGCAGCAGCAGCAGCAGCAGCAGCAACAACAACAACAACAACAACAACAGCAACAACAGCAACAACAGCACCAGCAGCAACAACAGCAACAGGCGGCUCCUCCCCAGCCCCAGCCCCAGUCUCAGCCCCAGUUCCAGCGCCAGGGGCUUCAGCAGACCCAGCAGCAGCAACAGACAGCAGCUUUAGUCCGGCAACUCCAACAACAGCUCUCCAAUACCCAGCCACAGCCCAGUACCAACAUAUUUGGACGCUACUGAGCCACCUGGAGGAGCUGCUUGUGCACUGGAUGUGGGCCCACUCUUUCCUCUUAAUUCCCAAUCCCCUUUCCGGGCUAGCACCAGUAGUGGUUGGGGUCCUUCCCUCAGGCUCCAUUUUUAAUGAAUUUUUAGUAUUUUUGUUAAUGUGACGCAUUGAGCUGUUGGGUUUUGUAUAUUAUUUAUAUAGAGACCCCAAAGCUGUCGCAUCCAAUACACAGAGCUUCUUUGCAAAGGGAGUGUGUGAGUUCUGCAUGUUCGGGAAGGGCGAUCUCUUGUGAGAGUGAUAGGGGCUGGACCAACAAGUCAGAGCCUUCGUUCUGUUCAGAUCAUUUCCCCUGUUUACCUUCCACCCCCUAAAUUUCUUAAUUCUAAUUGGAUUGUUACCUCUCUUCCCUUCUCCAAGCUGGCAGCAUAUU